CUUGUGAGCCUCAGACUGGCUCUGGGUUUGUCCGAGGGUGGAUCCGCCCGGGUCAGAGCCCUGGAUGCGCCCAUAAAAUGUAGCCUGCAGGGUUCAAAUCGUCUGCCUGCGUUCACAAUGGAUGGGGACUUCGUUGUUGGAGGUGCUUUUUCAAUUCACUACAAGGAGCUCACGAGGACUCACAACUACACCACUGUGCCUGAACCACCUCGCUGUGCCAGGGGCAUCAACAGUCGAGAACUGCGCUUCUCUCGCACAAUGAUCUUUGCAAUCGAGGAGAUUAACAACAGCACAGAGCUGCUGCCGGGAGUCAAACUCGGUUAUCAGAUCCACGAUUCGUGCGCCUCUGUGCCCAUGGCCAUGCACGCAGCAUUUCAUCUGUCAAAUGGGCAAGAUACUGUGUUUGAGACAGGACGCAAUUGUUCUUUGUCUGGUGUAGUAAUGGCUGUUGUUGGUGAAUCUGGUUCCACCCCAUCCAUUAGUAUGUCUCGUAUUUUGGGGCCCUUCAACAUGCCUCUGGUGAGCCACUUUGCCACUUGUGCCUGCCUGUCAGAUAAAGAUCAGUACCCAACAUUUUUCAGGACGAUCCCCAGUGACCAGUUUCAAGCUGAUGCUCUGGCCAAGCUGGUGAAACACUUUGGUUGGACGUGGAUAGGAGCCGUCCACUCAGAUUCGGAUUAUGGAAAUAAUGGCAUGGCCUCUUUUCUAGAAGUAGCACUCAGAGAGGGGAUCUGUGUGGAGUACAUUGAGUCUUUCUAUCGGACCGAUCCAACCAGCAAGAUUCAAGGAGUAGCUGAUGCCGUCCGCAGAUCCACAGCGGUGGUUGUUGUCGCAUUUGCAGCUGCUGGCGAUAUGAAAUUUCUCUUAGAGGAGCUGGCCCGAAAUCCUCCUCCACCCCGUCAGUGGAUCGGGAGUGAGUCCUGGGUAACAGACCCACUCUUGAUGAGCUUCAGUUUCUGUGCUGGAGCCAUCGGAGUUGCCAUUCAGCAAUCUGUCAUCCCAGGUCUGAGAGACUUCCUCCUGGAUCUCUCUCCCUCUGCAGUGUCUGCUUCACCAGUUCUUACUGAAUUCUGGGAGGAUGCAUUCAACUGUAGCCUGACAAAAAGUGCAAAGGGCAAACUUUGUGAUGGAACCGAAGACCUAAAAUCUCUAAAUAAUCUCUAUACUGAAACGUCCAAGUACAGAAUCACCAACAUGGUGUACAAAGCUGUUUAUGCCACAGCACAUGCUAUUCACAAUGCAAUUUGUCAGGACAAAAAGUCAUCCGCUCAGUGUGACAAACACGUUAGACUGGAGCCCAAACAGAUUUUCACUGAAUUAAAGAAAGUCAACUUUUCCCAGAAUGGCUAUCAUGUAUCAUUUGAUGCUAAAGGAGAUCCUCUAGCCUUUUAUGAGCUGGUAAACUGGCAGAAGACUGAGAGUGGAGUCAAUGAGCUGAUAACUGUGGGAUACUAUGAUGCAUCACUGCCUAAAGACCAGGAGUUUCACAUUUACAAGAAUGUAACCUGGGUGGAAGGAAGAGUGCAAGUUCCAGUGUCAGUGUGUUCAGAGAGUUGUCCUCCAGGAACUCGUAAAGUGUUGCAGAAAGGAAAACCAAUCUGCUGCUAUGACUGUAUACCAUGUCCUGAAGGAGAGAUCAGUAACAUGACAGAUGCUCCAGAUUGCAUUCCAUGCCCAAGUGAAUUCUGGCCAAAUUCAGUCAACACUGCUUGUUUCCCAAAAGCUGUGGAGUUCCUAUCUUUUGAUGAGGUGCUGGGAAUCAUUCUAGAAAUAUUCUCUGUUGGUGGAGCCUGUCUGGCCAUCAUGACAGCAGUGAUUUUCUACCAUCACAGAACAACUCCCAUUGUUAGAGCCAACAACUCUGAGCUGAGCUUCCUGCUGCUCUUCUCUCUGACUCUGUGUUUCUUAUGUUCAUUAACUUUCAUUGGAGCCCCCUCUGAGUGGUCCUGCAUGCUGCGCCACACAGCGUUUGGCAUCACAUUUGUUCUCUGUAUCUCCUGUGUUCUUGGCAAAACUAUAGUGGUUCUAAUGGCCUUUAAAGCUACACUUCCUGGUAGUAAUGCUAUGAAAUGGUUUGGUCCAACACAACAAAGAAUGACUGUAGUAUCUUUUACAUUUGUUCAAGUUAUAAUAUGUAUCAUCUGGUUGGCUGUGAGUCCUCCCUUCCCAGUGAAAAAUCUGACCACCUACAAGGAGAAGAUCAUCCUGGAAUGUGCUUUAGGCUCUGCUGUUGGUUUCUGGGCUGUGCUCGGCUACAUCGGCCUGCUGGCUGUGUUUUGCUUUGUGUUAGCUGUUCUAGCUCGGAAACUACCUGAUAAUUUCAACGAAGCCAAGAUGAUAACCUUCAGCAUGUUGAUAUUCUGUGCCGUCUGGAUCACCUUCAUCCCAGCUUAUGUCAGCUCUCCUGGAAAAUUUACUGUGGCUGUGGAGAUAUUUGCUAUUCUGGCCUCCAGUUUUGGACUCAUACUGUGUAUAUUUGCUCCAAAGUGUUUCAUCAUUUUGUUUCAGCCAGAGAAAAACACCAAGAAACAUUUAAUGAACAAAAAUUGA